GAAACCGCUCAUCCAACCCAUCAGAAUUUCUCAACGGCAAAUCGCAUCCACAACCAUCGAAAUCCAUCACAUGCAUCUCGGAUCCUGAUGCGCUGGAAUCUACAAGUAGUUUGAGACCCAUAUCGGCAUUAUUGCGACGCGUUUUUGUCGCGAAACCGCGUGCGCAGGGCCGGAGGCGGCCACCUGUCCCCAGGGCAGAGACUGCGGUCACGUGCAUAGCGUCGACGAACGCCGACCCGCAGGGUUGAAGCAACAUGACGCAGCGCGUCACAGGCCAGCGCUUCCGCCAGCGCAAAUUAUCUACAAAGCAGAACAUACCUGUAUUGCGCGAAAAUGAGGUCGAAAAGCACGACGAUGAUGAAGCGUCGCGACAUAUUCCGAAGGUCGAGACUGGUGUCGAGAAGGGAGAGGAAAUUGAACAUCAUUUGCAAGCCGUCAUCUCGGCGGCGCAGGCAGCAGCGCAAGGCGCUACUGGCGGUAAGAUCGCUCAACUGUACAUCCCCACGCCAGAAGCAACUGCAAGUCACUUGCAGUACGAUGGGCUUUACCCCAAGCGAUUCACGCAGCCUGCGACGUACAUCCGUUUCUCUUCUACCGUCGAAGAUACUUCAGGAUGUCCAUACAAUAUGACCAGUGAUGAUGCCGCUUUCCUCAAAGCGUACAACCAGAAGAGAACCAAAGGUCCCCAUUGCUCCGAGGACGGAUUUGAGGAGGUUAUGAACUUCUUCGAAGAGACUGCCCAGACGAAACAGCCCUUCUCGGCCGUCGGUGAUGCUCCAGUACUGGCGUACGAAGAUCUGGAGUCUGAUUUCGACGAAACGAUCAGCGAGAGCGCGAGAAGAUUUGCCAAAGACGUCUACUCACAUUGGAAGAACCAGAGAUUGCUCAAGGGCAACCGGCCUUUGCAACCAUCGCUGAAGUUCGAAACCAAUCUUGAGACUGACGAGGCAGAUCCUUAUGUCUGCUUCAGACGCCGUGAAGUACGACAGGUUCGUAAGACCCGAGGCCGAGAUGCGCAGGUGACCGAGAAGCUUAAGAAGCUUCGCAACGAGCUGGAACAGGCCAGACUUUUGAUGACUCAGGUGAAGCGGCGGGAGGCUCUAAUGAGGGACUCCCUCGCCAAUGACAAGCAGAUCUUCGAGCAGCGCCACGCUGUCAAGGAAAUCAAGAGGCGACUCAGCAUCAAGAUCGAUGACGAAGAACUCCUGAUUACCCAAAAGCCUGCACCCAAGCCUAAGCCAAGACCUGAUCUUGAGAGAGUCCGCCAAAAUAUCCCUGGCAUGAAGCCUCAGGUCACCCGUGCCGAUGGACGUAUUAUCGAUAGUGACCUUGUAUACCUCGAAGAACAACAAGCGAAGAAGACGGAAGCCAUCGACACCUUCAUCGAGGACAACCUCGUCAAGCACCAAAAGUGGAAUAAUGGUUGGGUGGACGCAACGUGGCGACCCAUCACACCACCGCUGGAGCAGGCUGCUGCGAAAUCCGAAUUCCGUACGGUCUUCACAGAAUCGCAACUGCCCACCCCUCCAGCCUCAGUAUCUGAUGAUGAAGGCGCUGACUCCAUGGCGGUAGUACGUACGAACGCACCGGAUACACCGCGACGCAAUGCCCGCAUUCGUUUCGGUACCCCCCCAGAUGAUGUACCUUUCCAAGACCAGUCCCGAUUCCGAAGACGCAUCGGGCGAGGUGGACGUGUGAUGAUCGAUCGACGUGGGGUUAAACGCCAGAAAGUCGAGAGCAGCCAGCUAGACGACCGUGUUGCGGACCGCUGGAAGUACUCUGGAGACAGUAGUGAAGAUGAGCAGACGUAUGCUGUUGAUUGGACAGACAAUCUGCACAUCAGGUACCGUAUCAUGAUCGAGCGUCAGGGUGAGAAGCAGCAUGCUCAGCAGGCCGCAGGUGCAGCCCGGAAAUCGAUCGAGAACAAUAACCGAUCUGCGUCUGGUCACCUAAUGCCGCCAACAGCAGCUCCUGGCCCCAAUACUGCAUCGUAAACCUUCUUUUUCAGCAGCCUUUUGACGACGAUACUUGUUGGUUUGUGCGAAAUAUACCCUUUGAUUCUUAUUCGCGAGCGAGGUGAUCCAGCUGGCGGAGCGGAUGCACCAGAGACAUGUACAACAUUCGGCUGUCGGGGAGACGGGGUCGGGCGCACUGGAGGACGUCUCUGGAUAGUCAUUAGCGGUCUCUCCGGUUGAUUUUGGAUAUGUAAAAUACCUGCAAUUGCGGGCUACGCAAGGCACAGCCCUGUACACCUACAAGAAAAAAAGCAGAAAACUUACCAACCCACGGG